UGAAAGUAUGGAAUGUCAUUUUCAUUUCAAGCUAUCUGAAGCGUUUUUUUUUUCGAACGUAGGAGAAUCCAAAAAUUCGCUGGAUGCUUCAAAAUCGAUCGAAACCAUCGCCAACCGACUCGAAAGCUCAAAAAUAGGCUGCAAACCAAAUUUUAGUCAUUCGUGUUGAUUUUAUCAAUUUUUGAUUUUUUUCUGCAUGAGAAAUGAGCUAAAUUUGAAUUUCCAAAAUUCUCUGAUAAUCAAAUUAUGAAUUUUAAUAAGUAGAUACCUAUCUUAAAUUUUUGGUAGAGGUGUAUUUUUGGGUCCUGUUUCGAUUCUCCUUCGUCCAGUUAAAACAUUUUUGUAUCAAAUGGGAUACUUAUGCUGUUAUAUGUAAAACUGUGGUUUGCGCCAUUCGCCAUCUCUCAUCGUGAUCAUAGACUUGAAAAUAUUGAAAAAAUUUCCUACCCUGAGUACAAAAAGCUCGACCAUUUGACAUCAAAAUGAUCUUACUCGUCAGAUUUUCGAUCGUGUGACCAAGACACAUGACAUGAGUCAAAACCAGCGUACCUCUACCUACCUAUAUGAUUACUUACUACAUAUGUUAUUACCUACCAGGUGUAGGCCUACCACGUGGGUGAAUCUGACCACGCGCGUUGUCGAACUCUCGUCGUCGAUGAUGCUCGCGACGCUACGAAAAUAUUACGAGAGACUUCAGCCACCUAAGUAAAUUGCACGUGCUUUACCAGUAGUGUUUACGGUUGUACUCGAACUCGACGAACACAAGUCGAGUCAGCGCGAAUCGAAUCGUUACAGUGCGUAUUUCGAAAAAUAGACGAAUAAACGCGAGUAUCUCUUAAAUUGACAAUUUCGGCGAUACUUUCGAGUAUAUACUUACUUAUUAUUAAUUACGUGGGUGUUUUUGCGUAUUAUCUAUUUUUUAAAAUAAUUUUUACGAUUGGGUGUUGCUUUCGUUGUUGUUUUCUUCAAUGAUUACUUUUGGAUCAACGGAUGAUAAGAGGUUGUUCGUGUGAUUCGAAAUUUCGGAUCGGAGAUUUCGUCACGUAAGAAAUUGUAGCAGACAUUCAGAGAUGAACAAGGGAUAAUAUGAUCGGUGAAAAUGGAGCUGUUUCGAUUGACGCUUACAACGUACACUAUGAUGGUGAAUUUACACGAUUUCGCUGAUAGCCAUGGGAGAAAAUCACCAGAGCGUCGGUUGGAAUCUUCUCGGCGACUGGAAUCAUUGUGGUAGACGUAAUCUGUGGUACCUACUUAGUUUACGAAGGCCUUAGAUAAGUGAGGUAGCUGAUACGCCAGCAGAAACGAGAGCGAAAAUGAUGGUAAUGAAUAAAGAAGACCAGCUGAUGCUAAUAUGAGCUUUAACAACAUCACCUUGAACAACGCCAGCUUGAUCAAUGAUACAAUUUCGCUGAAUGCAACCUCACUCGAAGUGUACGAUACAAUUUUUGGCAUCAAAGUCGCCGUACCACCUUGGGAAGCUCUUGCGACCGCCGUUAUUUUGAGUCUGGUGAUCUUGACGACGGUGAUAGGCAACGUGCUGGUAAUUCUGAGCGUAUUUAACUACCGUCCGUUGAGGAUCGCGCAGAAUUUUUUCAUCGUCUCGUUAGCGGUGGCCGAUUUAACGGUAGCGUUAUUAGUACUGCCUUUCAACAUAGCGUAUUAUUUAAUGGGAAAAUGGAUAUUCGGUAUUUACGUGUGCAAAAUGUGGCUAACAAGCGACGUAUUAUGCUGCACGGCGUCUAUAUUGAAUUUAUGCGCUAUCGCUUUGGACAGAUACUGGGCCAUUACGGACCCGAUAAAUUACGCCAGAAAAAGGACAGUGAAAAGGGUUACGCUGAUGAUUACGAUUACGUGGGUUUUAUCGGCCAUUAUUAGCUCGCCUCCGCUAGUUGGCUGGAACGAUUGGCCUGCUGAGUUUGAUGAAGAUACACCUUGUCAGUUAACGUCUGAAAAAGGAUACGUUAUCUAUUCGUCGGUCGGAUCGUUUUACUUGCCGUUGUUGAUAAUGGCCAUGGUUUACAUUCAAAUAUUUCUCGCCACCCGGAGACGUCUCCGUGAGAGAGCCCGAGCUUCUAAAUUGAACGCCGUCAAGGAAAUAUUAUCAAAUAAAAAGGAGCAUCUGCAGCAUUCGCCUUUAGAGCCCGAAUCUGUCAGCAGCGAAUUGACGAAUUGCGUGCAGAAUAAUUCUUUCAGGACGAAAACGAAGAGCAGAAAAGGCAAGAAACGUUGCAAACAUAAAACGAAAUGCUCUCAGCAUUCAUUACUGGUACCUAGAACGCAAGCAGACGAAUCAUUAUCGGACGUGCCUAGCAUAUCGCCGGGUAAAGGCAACUCUUCCGAGGGUAACGAAGUCACCGCCACCGAAGGUAACAACAAUCCGACCGAGAAAUCUUCCGAAGAAGAAAAAUUACCCAAUAAAGAAAACACCCCUCAGACCGAAACCUCUUUUAUAGUCAAGUCGACGAAUCCGCAGAAAAAAUCCGUCUUCGUGCAUCAGUUUAUCGAAGAAAAACAACGCAUCUCGUUGUCGAAGGAGAGAAAGGCUGCACGUACUUUGGGUAUAAUAAUGGGUGUAUUCGUCUUCUGCUGGUUACCAUUUUUUCUCAUGUACGUUAUAUUACCGUUUUGCGAGUCGUGUAAUUUGUCUCGCCGAACCAUUAAUAUUAUUACCUGGCUCGGAUACAUUAAUUCGGCUCUUAAUCCCAUUAUUUACACCAUAUUCAAUAUGGAUUUCCGCAAAGCGUUCAAGAAAUUGUUACGUUUGAGGCAGGUCUCCUGAUCGAGGAAGCUGCCUAGAAAUUUUUCAAUGUGAUAACGAUCGUCGUUCGUCGUCGUCGCUUUAAGUAUUUCGAUUCGGUAUCUAUAAUUUUUAUCGCGUAUUUUAUUUUAUUUUUCUCAGUUUCUCUGUUUUUGUUUCUCGUUUUACAAUACUCGUCGCGCGUAUAUUGUCGUAUAUACAUAAAAUAUAGUUCAAUUCGUAUUGUCAUUUUUUUCCUAUAUCGAUUAAGCCAAACCUUUUUUUUUUUCAUUUAUAAUUUUUAAAAAAAAAAAGUAUUUCUCUAAUUGUAAAGUAAAAAAAAAAAAAACUCAGCCAAAGGCACCUUAUAUAAGCUUAUCUAUAUAGCGAGACUUUAAAACAUAAUGUAAACUUGUACAGUGUAAAAGGUAAACUAUGUGUGAUAAAAAAAAGCCCAAUGUUAUUCGCCUGGUAACAGGUGCAUAUUUGCAACGUUAUUGUGCGUUAAAAUGAAGCGUUUCCUUUUUAGCACUCGUUUAAAAAGACCACCGGCAAAAAUAUUCAACCAAAAAAUACCCUACCUAAUGUUACUGUCCUUAAAUAAGUCGCCGUCUCGCACAAAGUACCCUUCUGUGUAUAGUAGGCUGACGAACACUUGUUUUUUUUUCUCUCUUUUCUCGCGUAGUAUACGAAAGAUGGUUACCUUUUUUUUCAUUUUUUUCUCGUUUUUUUUUCUUUCGUCUUUUCAAAGCGAAGGAAGCGUUUUUUUUGCUGCUUGCUGUUUCGGUGAAAUUUCUGAUAAUGUCGAUGCUCCGGUGCGAAAAAUGUUGAAAAAUGAGACGAAAACACGAGCCGGCGAAAUAUUGUAAUAUUAAACGAGUAUCGGAGAACAUCCGGAGGUGUAAAUUUCAAAGAAUUCGAUAUUACGAGUAUACGUAGGUAAAUGCCUAUCUAGCGUGUUUUUAAUUUGUGAUAAUGGCUGAUGGCUGGCGAAUUCUGGAGUAUGAAUCGAGAUACGAUUAUUAUUUGUGUAUUUUGAUAUCACUGUGUAUUUUGAAGUAGGGUUCUGGAAAAGUGGUUGAAAAUUUACCUACGAGGAAUUGACCGCAAAUCGGAGUAUUUUAUUGAACUCGAAGAUCGAAGAUAAGUAAAAGAAUAAGUUGCAUUGAUGAAAUUUCGAAUUGAAUUUUCCAUUGUUGAGUUUCGUUGACCUUGAGUGAAUUUUUUGUUUGCUUUUUUUCUCCGUUGUUAGGUUUAGUGGAUGUUAUGUUAAUUUUUUGCUCGAUUAUUAUAUGUAUGGUUAUAUUUGAGAAUACGUCCAGUAAAUUCUUAAAUGAUCGUGUA